GCUCCAAGGCUGUGCCCCUUUCCCGAAAUCUCUGGCCAUCCCCAUUGGCCAGACUGUCCCUCCCACUGGCCCCGGGGCCCCUCCCACCCCCAUCCAGAUAAGGCCAGCCCAAGACUGCUUCACUAGGCAAUAGGCACUAGGGCUGGAAUGGGGCCGCCUGGCUCCCCAUGGCAGUGGGUGCUGCUGCUGCUGGGGCUGCUGAUCCCCCCUGCCACCCCCUUCUGGCUCCUCAAUGUGCUGUUCCCCCCGCAAAACACGCCCAAGGCUGAGCUCAGUAACCACACACGGCCCGUCAUCCUCGUGCCUGGCUGCAUGGGGAACCAGCUGGAAGCCAAGCUGGAUAAGCCAGAUGUGGUGAACUGGAUGUGCUACCACAAAACAGAGGAUUUCUUCACCAUCUGGAUGGAUUUUAAUAUGUUCCUACCCCUUGGGGUAGACUGCUGGAUCGAUAACACCAGGGUUGUUUACAACCGAAGCUCUGGGCGUUUGUCCAACGCCCCUGGUGUACAGAUCCGUGUCCCCGGCUUUGGCAAGACCCACUCUGUUGAGUACCUGGACAAAAACAAGCUGGCAGGUGUGUGUACUGGGGGAAAGGUGGGGCUCUGGACUGUGGGGGCCUGCAGGAGCCACGGCCAGAGCCCCAAUGCUGCUGCCUCCCCCACAGGUUACAUGCACACCCUGGUGCAGAAUCUGGUCAACAACGGGUAUGUGCGGGAUGAGACAGUGCGGGCCGCCCCCUAUGACUGGCGGCUGGAGCCCAACCAGCAGGAGGAGUACUACCAGAAGCUCUCCAGACUGGUGGAAGAGAUGCAUGCUACUUAUGGGAAGCCUGUCUUCCUCAUUGGGCACAGCCUUGGCUGCCUGCACCUGCUCUAUUUCUUACUGCGCCAGCCCCAGUCUUGGAAGGAUCGCUUCAUUGAUGGCUUCAUCACUCUUGGGGCUCCCUGGGGUGGCUCUGUCAAGCCCUUGCUGGUCUUGGCCUCAGGUGACAACCAGGGUAUCCCAAUCAUGUCCAGCAUCAAGCUGAAGCAGAAGCAGCGCAUAACGACGACGUCCCCCUGGAUGUUUCCCUCCAGACUGGGGUGGCCUGAGGACCAUGUGUUCAUUUCCACACCCAGCUUCAACUACACAGGCCGUGACUUCCAGCGCUUCUUUGCAGACCUGUACUUUGAGGAUGGCUGGUACAUGUGGCUACAGUCACGUGACCUGCUGGCCGGCCUCCCAGCACCUGGUGUAGAAGUAUACUGUCUGUAUGGCGUGGGCCUGCCCACACCCCGCACCUACAUCUUUGACGAUGGCUUCCCUUACACAGAUCCCGUGGGCAUGCUCUAUGAGGAUGGUGAUGACACUGUGGCCACACGCAGCAGUGAGCUCUGUGCCCUCUGGAAGGGCCUCCAGCCACAGCCUGUGCACUUGCUACCUCUUAAUGGGACACAGCACCUCAACAUGGUCUUCAGCAACCAGACCCUGGAGCACAUCAAUGCCAUUCUGCUGGGUACCUACCGACGUAGCAUCUCUGUACCCCCAGCUGCCAGCCCAGGGCCCCUGCCCCCGGCAUAAAGAUUGUCCUUUGGCCCU